CUCAGCAAAAAUUAUAUCUUGCUAGUCUGAACUUCUUCCAGAUGCCUCAUAUGCAAGAUAUACAACGAUAUCUUCAUCCAAAUUACCGCCCAUGAUGUCGCAUUCCGCAACGCCUCUCGACGCCGAGUCUGCCCAAGAUACUACCCCACCACAGAACAAUUUCUUACCUCCAUUUGUCUCAACGCGCAUUGCAGAAGAAGAUGACGACGACGAAUGGGAAUAUGAAUAUUCUGCAACAGAGACAGAGACUUACUAUGUGACUCUUGACCUCACUACCCCCGGUAUUCCAACCAGACAUAGACCUGUCGCUGAAGAGACGCGCACCAAACGAGCUCGAUGGGUCGCUCCCACCGGUGGCAGAGGGGGCAGUAAAGGCACUGUAGGUCCACGUCUAUCCAAGGUCGCGCCGCAAUUUUCUGUUGGAGACAAGAAGGGCGACCCUGCGGAGGGAGCAGGACAGGACGACGAAGGAGACGACGAAGAUCCUGUUCCAACAAAGGCUGCUACACCAGAUACCUCAGCCGAUGUGGUCACUAUAGCCAAUCGAAGGCCAACAGAGAUUCAAAUUCUGAGUCUUGAUACCAACAAUCCAAUCGUGGCAUACGGAGGACAGUUUUAUUCAUGUCAAUGGGCAUCAAACAUUGGAACGGAGAUGCUCUUCACUAAGCGCGGUGAAUAUCGUCUUGGUGAAUAUCCCCUUCCUGCCUUGCGCCAAUUACCAGACAAUGUCGACCUCCUGGCAGCUAGCUCUGCGCGCAUCAUAGCCAAACACAUCCAACUCAUUCCUAAACCUCAUCAUCAACAAGCCAACAAGAAACGAGCUCGCUUCGAGGACGAAGAAGAAUAUAAAGAAGCCAAACCCCUCAUUCCAGUUUGGGGGAAAUCUAGUGAGCAACGGAAGGAGCAAGCGAAGUUCUUGAGCCAGAUGAUCCAGAUCAAGGAGGAAAUGGGUGAUGAGGACAUGGUGACUGUUAAUGUGAGGAAGAGAUUGACGGCUCAGAAGUGGAUGGUUGAGCUGAAGAAGAACCGAAGAGAAGAGAGGGCCAAGUUGAGGGAGGUCGUUGAGGAGGGUGACGAGGGCGAUGAGGAUGUUGAGAGAGCAGCAGCUAGGUUGGAGGAAAUGGAUCAAGAAGAUGAAGAGGAGGGAUGGGCUGAUACCCCGGAGGACAUUGAAGCGGAGAGGAAAGCUCAUCCAGCAAAACGCCCCAGACACGGUCCUGGGAGUAGAGGCGGUAAAGGCAAAGUUCGAGGGGCAGGAAGAUGUCGCGGUGGGCGAGGUAGAGGAAGAAGACGCGGAGGUAGUAUCGGGCCUGGUGUCGAGCCAGCGCCACAACGAGGACGACCUCCUAAGGUGCCGCAUAAAGGGUCAGAUAUCUUAGAAGGCUCACACCAAGGUUCGGUGGACGUGAGUACACCUGGUGGCUUUUCCGACCAGUACAACGCGGGUACACCUGCCGGCUUUGACAGCAACGUGGCGGAGACUCCCAGAGAUUUCGAGAGUCCAACGGGUAUUGGAUAUGAAGCGCCAACGCCAAACGGAGGGUUCUACGCAGAGCAGAGUCCAGUGGCUUCUGGGGAUGUGCCAACACCCGAUGGAGAGGUUUAUGACGAGGACAGCCCUUCAAAGCAAUUGUUCCACGAUAUGGAUAUGGCAUGAUGAGGAUGCCCCGGUCGAGGAGGAUGACUCCCAGAUCCGAUAGAGAGGCAUGCUGAGGAGGUAAUUUGGCGAAUGGAUAGAAAUUAUUGCUCUCGCGAGCUCUGUAGAUGUAUGAAAGAUACCUGACC